UCUUAUUACAACAUACUUCUAUUACAAUAUCUUUUUCUUUUUGUAAUGGCUUUGAUCCUUGGAUGGAAAAUACUAUUUAUCCUUCUUUUUGUGAUAAUUGGGAUGUGUACAUCUCAAGUCACUUCUCGUAAUAUUCAAGCUUUAUCCAUGUUAGAAAAGCACGAGUUAUGGAUGUCAAGUCAUGGACGUACUUACAAAAAUGAAGCAGAGAAGGAAAAGAGAUUGAAUAUAUUUAAAGAGAAUGUGAAAUUUAUUGAGUCUUUCAACAAUAAUGGGACUAAAAAGCCAUACAAAUUAGGCAUCAAUGCAUUUGCUGAUCUUACUGCAGAGGAAUUCUUGAGUUAUUAUACUACUGGACUUAAGUUGUCUAAUUCCUACUCUCAAAUUCAAUCAUCAUUUAAGUAUGAAAACUUGAGUGAUGUUCCAUCUGUUAUGGACUGGAGAAAGAGUGGUGCUGUCACUAGAAUCAAACAUCAAGGUCAAUGUGGAUGUUGCUGGGCAUUUUCAGCAGUUGCAGCCUUAGAAGGAGCAAACAAACUCUCAACGAACAACUUGAUUUCACUCUCCGAACAACAACUGUUAGAUUGCACCACCGAAAAUAACGGUUGCAACGGCGGUUUAAUGACCACAGCCUACGAUUUCAUCAUUCAAAAUGGCGGCAUUGCCACAGAAUCCAACUACCCUUACGAGGAAUAUCAAGAUUCAUGCAAAAGCCAAGAGAUGAACUCUGCAGUGAAAAUCAAUCGUUACGAAACUCUGCCCUCGACUGAAUCAGCAUUGUUAAAAGCCGUAGCUAAACAACCGGUCUCUAUCGGUAUUGCAGUGAAUGAAGAUUUUCAUCUGUACCAAAAUGGUGUUUACAAUGGAAAUUGCGAGGGUCAAGAACUAAAUCAUGCAGUUACUGUAAUUGGUUAUGGGACAGAAAAUGAUGGUACAAAAUAUUGGUUGAUCAAGAAUUCUUGGGGGACAAGUUGGGGUGAAAAUGGUUACAUGAAAAUUGCUAGAGAUACUGGAAUUGAAGGAGGUCUUUGUGGGAUCACCACUUUAGCUUCCUAUCCUGUUCUUUAGAUUGUUGAAUUUUCAGUGUAUUUCGGCCUUUUCCCGAGCUCUGCAUGACCGAGGGAUGUGUUGUGCACGGAACUGCCUAUUUUAAUCUAUUUUGGCCAAUAGGAUAUAUAUAGGCAUAUAGCACCUUUAGUGCUAGUAGUACAUGUUGUUUCCAUACUAUUUUUCCGCUCUGAUUCUUAGUAUCUUAUCAUUGUUACUGGUUAUUGUUAUUGCUCUUUCCAUCUAUUUUUCUAAUCCUUAGGUUGCUGGUACUAUCUUUCUGGCCAUCUUUUUGAGUCGAGGGUCUUUCGAAAAUAACCCCUCUACCUCCGAUAGUAGGGGUAAGGUCUGGGUACACACUACCCUUCUCAUACCCCACUUAUGGGAUCAUAUUGAGUUGUUGUGUUGUUGUUGUAGUGCUAGUUUGGUUACUGUUUCAGGUUUCUGUUGUACUAGUUCAAAUUGCUUUUGUGCAAUGCAAAUUAAAUGUCCUUGUUAUAGGAUGAAUUACAGAAUGUCAUGUUCUAUGUA